UCAUAGGUUCGCUCAAGGAUUAAGCUGCUUCUCACCGCUGUAGAUCGUGAUGGGUCUCUGGGAGGCGCUUCUUAACUGGCUCCGCAGGGAAAUGAACAAGGCGUUUUCUUUGUAGCUUCUUUUCCUGUAAGGAAAAAGGCAGUUUUUGUAAUUGGCUUGGGACUUCUGUCCUAGUACAAUCUUCCAUUCUUCUUUCCAUGGGUUUGUUUUUCAAACAGGAAAUGGAGCUAUCUCUCAUUGGCCUUCAGAAUGCAGGAAAAACUUCACUCGUCAAUGCAAUUGCAACAGGUGGCUACAGUGAGGACAUGAUUCCAACAGUUGGUUUUAACAUGCGAAAAGUUACAAAAGGAAAUGUUACCAUAAAAUUGUGGGACCUUGGAGGGCAGAGGAGAUUUCGAACCAUGUGGGAGCGUUACUGUCGUGGAGUUUCUGCUAUCCUAUAUGUGGUGGAUGCUGCAGAUAGAGACAGUGUUCCAAUAUCCAAAAGUGAACUUCAUGAACUGCUGAUAAAGCCAUCCUUGAGCGGGAUUCCUCUCCUUGUUCUUGGCAAUAAAAUUGACAAGUCCGAAGCUCUUUCCGAGCAGGCUUUGGGUGAUCAACUAGGUUUGGAGCAGAUCAAGGACCGCGAAGUUUGCUGCUAUAUGAUCUCCUGUAAAGAUUCCAUCAACAUUGAUGUUGUCAUUGACUGGCUCAUCAAGCACUCGAGAACAGCGAAGUAAUCAGGUGCCACUUUGAAUGGCGUUUCAGUUUGAUCGUUUCGGUUUGACCUCGCUUUCUUAUGAUAUCAAAUUGUCAAAGGUGGGAAAUUUAAUACCAGGGACAUUGUUGUGAUUGUGAAUUAUCAAACUGAACAAGUCUCGUAAUAAUGCAUUUGUACAGUGUGCAUGUUUUCUUGUA